AAUGAGUUAGCCCCCAGUUAGCCAUAAUGUUCGGGGUCUGUAAAGCACUUUAUAAAUGAGGACUGUGUGGAGGAGCCUGUAUGAGUCAGGUGGUCCACCUGACUCAUACAACCUGAUUGUCCGUGUCUGGCCGAGUGUACUCAGCAGUGCAAUCAGCUGAAAUUUGUGUCAUUUUUUUCUGUUCAUUUCAUAACAGGAUCCAGAGUCCACAUUGUUAUCAACAUUCACCCUGCAGAGGAAGAGCAUCAGGACCAAGCCGGGUAUCUUGGGUCUUGGUUUUGGAGAAAUGUCCUCCCUUUCUUUCAUCACAGCUGUCCCAUGGCAGACGUUCUGUUGACUCACUGAGAGACACAUCAGUUCAGAAACCCCAGAAAGACUGAAACUCAUUGAAGGAGUCACAGUCUUUAGUAAUAACUCCCUCAGUCCUGUAGAAACGUAUAUAAUUAUGUCCACAGUUGGUUUUAGCACAUUGGGCUUUGCUAUUUUAAUCCGGUUUCUUUUAUUGUGUGGACAGCAGCUGCGUUAGUAACAAACUGAGAUAUUAGAAACUACAGGCAGUCAGUGAGUGAAGAAUACUGUGAGAACAUCUUCAUUCCUCAAUGAUUCAUCUUCAGUUAAAAGUUUGCUAAUGAGGAGAUAUUGAGUGCAAGAAUUUUUGUAAUUUGGUGUUACUGUCCUUACGGUCGUCAGGAGAGACAGAAACAUGCUGCUGUCUGCACAUAUUCAACAAUCAGCUCUGCACAGGAGCUGAAGGAGAGCCCAGUCUGUUGUUUGACGAUCUUAACACCCACUUUGCUGUGGAGGAGCAGUACCUCUGAUCUGAGCCCCUCCCAGCCUCCUUGCUCGAUCUGUAUGGCCUUACCACGUAUAUUUGUGAUCGUUCACUCAGUGUCCACAGGUAAGACCAGAAACACAGUCUGACUGGUAAACAUUUUCACUUUUCAUAUCCAGCUCAUUUCAUCAUAGCAGACUGCAGACACUGUACCCCCUCAAAAAAAGGAACUCUGCGUGAUGUGUGCUACAAAGGACAUCAUGUGGUAGUCCUUCUCCUUCUCUCAGCUGCUCCCUUUAGGGGACACCAUAGGGCAGGGGUCUCAAACCCGCGGCCCGGGGACCAGUUGCAGCCCACGUCACUCCUACUUGCAGCCUGUAUAUUGACGUGAAGAAAUGCAAUUUGGCCAGUGAAGUGACUUUUUUUGUUAGGGAGGAUUUGUUUGUUGUUGAGUGCAAUGUUAAAAUAAGUUCUUUAAAAAAUGAUUUCAUAUGAAGGCAGCGUGAGCAGAGAGCACAAACAUGCUGAGGGAUUGGCUGUGUUAGUUCAGUGAGAGAGUCAAAAUCACACUAUUUGAUUUUGUUAAAUCCGAACACAAUGAUGGCAGAAGUGCUGCCACGUGUGUGGCCACACAGAGCACCAAUGUGUUUAUUUGGUAGUUCAAUGAAAGGCUUCGGUUAGUUACAAGUGAGAAAAAAGCGUGUUCACAUUGGCAGCUUUGUCUUGUUAAACAAUAUUUGAAAUUUUAAAAAACACACAAAAUGCUACAUUUUUGGAGAUAUUUGUGGGAGUUUUCUUGCUUGUUUUUUCAUAUGAAAACAAGUUUGAGACCCUGCCAUCUGCCUGUUUCAUCCUUUUUUGUGACUACCAGCCCUCUGCAUGUGCUCCUUAACUACAUCCAUGAACCUCCUCUGAGGUCUUUUCCCGCCUUCCUACCUGGCAUCGCUGUCAUUCUUUGUUCACUCCAUCCACUCUGCCUUCUCUGCACAUGUCUGAACCAUUUCAACCAUAACUCUCUAAUAUUGCCUCCAAAUCACUCAACCUGAGCUAAUGUUCUCAUUUGUAGCCCACUCUGGUCACUCCGAGUGAAAAUCUUCCAAUCCACCACUUCCAGCUCUGCCUCCUACUUUUUUGUUGCUUAGUUGGUUGGUUGUUAGCGCCACCAUCUACAAUCCAGCAUCUUGUAGACCUGCUAACCAGUCAUAAAUCACCCCUGACACUCAGUUCCACUCUGCCUGCACUCUCUUCUUCACCUCUCUUGGCCUCUGUCAGUUGUUUUGAAUGGUUGACCCCAGGUCUGGUUUCACUAGCUGUACUUGCAGCUUUGCUGUUGCACCUCUCUCCCUCUCAUUCACACACAUUUAUUCAGUCUUGUGCUUCUUAAGGACUUUUUCUUUGCCCCUGUCUCUGUGUGUCGCCCUCUUUCUGCGGUAUGUAUGUAUCAAAUAAAAGAAACAUCCACCUGGGUUAUUUUCCAUGCCUCACCCCCUUUACUAACACUUUGAAUAACAGAAGCUUUUGGCUCCGCCUUCGCUACAGUCGCAGAGGGCUUAUAAACCAGGCUCAGGCUGAGCACAGCUUCACCCACGCAGCGGACACUAAUUCUUUUGCGGGCUCACUGAGGCUACACACAGGACCGAGUCAUGGAAAAAGAUGGAAGACCCAUCUGGGACAGCCCCAUUCAAUUUGUGCUGGCGUGUGUAUCAUAUGCAGUCGGACUGGGAAACGUGUGGCGGUUUCCAUACCUCUGUCAAUUACACGGCGGAGGGGGGUUCUUAAUCCCGUAUCUCAUCAUGUUGCUUUUGGAGGGGUUGCCCUUAUUCUACAUGGAGCUCGCCAUUGGUCAGAAGAUGCGUUUAGGUAGCAUCGGGGCAUGGACUUCGAUAAGCCCGUAUUUGGGAGGAUUGGGGCUUGCUAGCGUUGUGACAUCCGUGUAUCUCUGUCUCUAUUACAACGUCAUCAAUGCAUGGAGUUUCUGGUACCUCUUUCAUUCAUUUCAAUCAGUCCUGCCCUGGGCAGUAUGCCCCAUAAAUUCAAACCGAACGGGACCUACAGAGGAGUGUGAGGUGGCUACACCCACCCAAUAUUUCUUCUACAGGGAAACACUGAACAUCUCUUCUUCUAUUGAAGAGAAUGGAGGCAUUCAUACAGGACAGGCACUGUGUCUCGUGCUUGCCUGGGCAAUAACCUACCUGUUCAUUGUGCGAGGAGUAAAGUCAACAGGAAAGGUGGUGUACUUCACAGCUACAUUUCCUUAUCUGGUCCUGUUUAUCUACUUGAUUCGGGGUGUGACUCUUCAUGGUGCCAUCAAUGGCCUCAAAUACAUGUUCACACCCAAGAUGGCUGAACUUGCCAAUCCUAGAGCGUGGAUCAAUGCAGCCACUCAGAUCUUUUUCUCCCUCGGUUUGGGUUUUGGCUCACUAAUAGCCUUUGCUAGCUACAACCAGCACAACAACAACUUUCAGAACCAGGCCAUCGUUGUCUCACUUAUCAACAGUGGAACCUCUAUCUUUGCCAGCAUCGUCACCUUUGCCAUCUAUGGCUUCAAGGCUACUCUCAACUACGAGAACUGCCUGGACAGAAUGCGCCUUCUGCUGCUAAAUACCUUUGAUCUAGCAGAAGACGCCAUCAGCAUGGACAGCGUUCUCGAGUGGACUGAGAAGCUGAACACAACAUAUCCAGAGCAGUUUGCCAAAAUUGCUGACAAAGUAAGAGAGGGAGAGUGCAACCUGGAAAAGGAACUAGACACAGCAGUAGAGGGGACAGGCCUGGCCUUCAUAGUGUACAGUGAGGCCAUUAAGAACAUGCCUUUGCCCCAGCUGUGGUCUGUACUGUACUUCUUCAUGCUCCUGCUGUUAGGAAUGGGCAGCAUGUUGGGAAACGUUACAGCCAUCAUCACCCCGUUACGUGAUUUCAAGAUUAUGUCCCGCAUGAGCAACGAGUUGUUCAGUGGUUUGGUGUGUGUGUUCUGUCUGCUGCUGGGCCUGGGCUUCACCACCACCUCAGGGAAUUACUGGUUUACCAUAUUCAACGACUACGCAGCCACUUUCUCUUUGCUGUUCAUCGUCCUCAUUGAGGUCAUAGCUGUUAGUUACAUCUAUGGAAUUAAGAGGUUUGAAAAAGACAUAGAAGACAUGCUUGGUCAUCGUCCCAACUGGUACUGGAAAAUCAUGUGGGCAGUAACCAGUCCCUUGCUCCUUAUUGGCCUCUUUAUAUUUUACAUCAUUAACUACAUCCAAGGAGGGACACCCACUUACCAAGCAUGGAAUAAAGAGCUGGGUGAAUCAGCAGUGACGGAGUACCCCGUCUUUGGUCAGGUCUUCAUCGUGCUGCUGCUGGUGUCGUCAGUCAGCUGUGUGCCCCUCACAGCUCUGUAUGCCUUCUGCAGGAAGAGGAAAGAUCGAGCCUAUGAAAAUCGUCCAUCUGCUGUGAGCACAGUGUCAGUGUAGGGACCAAACCUGUCCUGCUUCCUGGACCUCUCCAUAUCUGCACUUCAGCUGAGCAGCAGGAGUACAGUAUUUCUUACCUAAUCCAGAGUGUGUGGUGUUUGAUUUGAGUUUCACCUUAGCGACGGCCCUUUUGGACUGUUUGUCUGCAAAAACGACGUCGUUCCAGUGUUGCCGUAGUAACGGCUUAGGAGACAUCAGACACAGGCCUUCUUUGUUCAGAAUACGCUCCAUAUUUCCUUUGAAUCUGUUGUAUUAUUUGUCUCAGUAUUAAAGUCAGACGUCUGUCACUACAUUCAGAAGAAUAUCCUCUAAAUCUCAGCUGUGGAACAUUAUUGCUCACAGAUGUAGUUUGUCUGACUGUCAGAUGUUUAAAUAUAGUUGUAAUUUGGUCAUUUGUUUGUCGUUAUUUUUCUAAAUAGUAGUACGGUAUUAUGAAUGUAUGUACAUAAGCUACUGUGAGUUUUAAAUGUAUUGUUUUAAUCAUUUUUUCCCAUCUUACACACUGUAAACAUGUUUUAAAGCAGUAGUGCACAGAAGUGAGCACUAAAAUAUCGUAGGCAUCAAAAAAGGAAGUCCUGUCCUAUCACACUAUAACAUCGCACUAUAGUGGACUUUUUAAAUUAUUUGGACUCACCUGUUUCUGUCUAAUAAGAAUAGUGAUUGGUUAAAUUCUCACACACAUGCUAGAUUAGAGCCUGUGACAACAAUCUCAUUACAGAGGUCCUACUUUCUGUUUUGAAGUAUCUUUGAGCAAAGUGCUGUUUUUGCAUCACUACCAAAAAUGACACUUGAUUCAAGACUCGAGCUGGACCUGUUGGACUGCACAACAGAAAGCCGAGACGUAUCAAACCACAUCGGCUGAUUUCCUUUCUUUAAGGUAAAUAUGAUGGACAUAUCAGUCAUUGGGUUUUCCUGUCGUCGAAUUAGAGCUGGCACUGAAUUAUGUGUGUACGAAUUAUCUGCUUUCUACAGGAUUUUUGAUAACUAGUUUUUUAUUCAUUUUAAAAGGGCUGGCAGCUCACUGUGAACCAAAAUGCCUGUAUGAGCCAACAGUGCUGUGCCAAAUCACAAUUGUAAUAAAAAAAAAAAUUCUUUGUACAUUCCCAAAUAUGUCAAAUGUGUUUAUACUGUUGGAUAUGUGACCGAAUAAUUGGACUAAUCAAAAAUGUGAUUUUUGCUUUUUGUGCCAGUGAGUAAAUAAAUGAUGAACUGUUAGUUUUCUUGGACAUAAAGCAUCUUGUAAGUCACUAUGUUGUCUUUCAGCUUCAUCUGAAAUUUAUUUGGGGGGUUUUGAUUAAAGAAGUAAGACAUUUAUGUGCGUGUGUGUCUUUUAGAAGACAGACGUCUCUUUUUUUCUUGAUGGAUUCUGUCCCAGUACAUCUGUAAAUACCGAGUUUGAAACUGCUUCUUAUAUAAAGCCAGUUGACCUUUAACCAUUACAAACAUCAAUGGAGUGAUGUUUGUAAUCAUUUGGACUUUUUUUUUGCAUACUGCCACCUGCAGGUAUUCAUAACUGACUGUAGGAGUCAAAUGUAAAUUCCACAAGAAACUCCUGACCUUACAUGAAAAUGUCUUGUCUG